CGCAGCGCAGCGCAGUGAACAACGAAGUGGCGACGGCGGGCGAGUCAGGUUGGUUUUCUUGCGGUGAGUGCGCCAUACGGAAUCAGUUCACAUUGGAGCUUGGCGUUGUGUGUACAAGAACACGAGUAGAAGAAAGCAAUUUGUACGCGACGGCGGUGACGUUUUCGAUUGUUCUGCGAGCUAACGACGGCUGUUGAUGAUGAUGAUGGGUGUGAAUGGCGCGUGUGGAAUGGUGUUUAACAAUUACAUAUAAUAACCGCAAAGUAUCAAUGUGCACUUAAGUGAAAUUGAUAUCAGAGCAAAAUAACAAAACAACAACAAAUUAACCACAGUUAUUAGUGAAGAAUUGCUACAAGUGUGCCGUAGAGUUGAAAGUGAAUGAAAAUACAAAAAAAUAUCAAAGAUUUAAAAAAAGAAACAGUGAAAAUUUUGAAGAAUUCUUGAAGAUUGUUACAACUUUGGUAAAAAACUAACACAACAACAGAUUAACCAUUAACCACAAAAUCUCCGAACUUCCCACAACACAAGACACCACCAAACCUCACCUCCAAAAUGCUCGUGCCGUCGGAUAUGAUUGCGGCACAGUCCAAAAUGGUUUAUCAGAUGAAUAAAUAUUGCGCGGACCGCGUCCAGGUGCGCAAAGCACAAAUCCAUAAACAAAUAUUGGAGGUGUGUCGCAUUGUGCAGGACGUGCUGAAAGAAGUCGAGGUGCAAGAGCCGCGUUUCAUCUCCUCACUCAACGAUUACAACGGUCGCUUUGAAGGACUCGAAGUGAUCUCGCCCAAUGAAUUCGAAAUUGUCAUUUACCUCAAUCAAAUGGGUGUGUUGAAUUUCGUCGAUGACGGCACGCUGCCCGGCUGUGCGGUGCUCAAGCUCAGUGAUGGACGCAAACGUUCCAUGUCGCUGUGGGUCGAAUUCAUUACGGCGUCGGGUUACCUGUCGGCGCGUAAGAUACGCUCGCGUUUUCAAACGUUGGUCGCGCAGGCGUGUGACAAGUGCGCCUAUCGGGAUAUCGUGAAAAUGAUUGCCGACACCACGGAGGUGAAGUUGCGUAUACGCGAACGCAUCAUUGUGCAGAUUACGCCCGCUUUCAAAUGUGCCGGCUUGUGGCCGCGUUCGGCGGCGCACUGGCCGCUGCCCGGUAUACCGUGGCCGCAUCCCAACAUUGUUGCAGAGGUUAAGACUGAGGGUUUCGACAUGCUGUCGAAGGAGUGUAUUGCGUUGCAGGGCAAAAAUUCUGCAAUGGAGGGUGAUGCUUGGGUGUUGAGCUUCACAGAUGCCGAGAAUCGUUUGUUGCAAGGAGCCAGUCGUCGGCGAUGUUUGAGCAUCUUGAAGACACUGCGCGAUCGACAUUUGGAUUUACCCGGUAAUCCGGUCACAUCGUACCACCUGAAGACACUGCUGCUCUACGAGUGCGAGAAACAUCCGCGCGAAAUGGAAUGGGAGGAGAAUUGUAUUGCCGAUCGCAUUAACGGUAUUUUCCUACAGCUGAUUUCCUGCUUACAGUGCCGUCGUUGCCCACACUAUUUUCUACCCAAUAUGGAUCUAUUCAAAGGCAAAUCACCGGGGGCGCUGGAAAAUGCAGCGAAACAAGUGUGGCGCCUCACCAGAAUCAUGCUGACCAAUGCGCGUUGCCUCGAGGAGUUAUAAAAUUGUUACAAAUAAUUAUUGGCGUUUAUUUAUAAGAAACAGAAAAUGUAAUUAUGAAUUAAGUAAUUUAUAAAUGAUAGCUGUUUUAAGUUAGGGUGGUUUAACAAGUUACUAGGUUGCUAAAUUAAGUGGAGAGUAGUGGAAAAAAAUAUUUUAUUUUAUUUUUUUUCAAAAAUUUUGAAAUUUAAUUUUUUAUAAAAUUUUAUUUUUUUUUUAUAAAUUCUAAUUUUUUUUAAAUAAAUUUAAAAUUUUGUUUUUAUAUAUUUUAAAAAAUAUUUUUUUAGUCUAAAAACAAUUGUCUAUUGAAAAAUUAAUUUUUUUCGUAUGUAUGUUUGUAUGUGUGCGUAUUAUUAAGCGUCCAGUGAUUAGUUAUUUAAGCGGCGUGCUUUGCUUAUUUAGUGGCUUUUUAAGUACAAUAAAAACUGAUUUAGUGAUUUAAAAAACUUGUAAAUCAACUGAAAACACAGUUAGCUUAGCAAGUGUAUACGAUUAUGAACGCUUUUGUGAAAGCUUAUUUUCUGCCUAUUUUAUUAAAUACCAUGAAAGCUUUUGUGAAAGCUUCUUUUCAUAUUUUAGUAAUUAUUAUAAAAGGUAUUGUGAAAGCUUCUUUUAUGCAAAUUUCUUGAACUAGCUUUCGUAAGCUUUUUGUAAACUUUAUCAAUUGCAUCGAAAGCUUUUGUGAAAGCUUCUUUCCUUCACACUUUUUUAAAUACUAUGAAAGCUUUUGCGAAAGCUUAGUAAUUUAAGUACUUCUUCAACAAUUCUUUCUCGAUUUAAUGUUACUUUCUUGAGAAAAAAUAUAUUUUUUUACUUCAAUACACUUAUUCUUAUUCUUCUACUUUUACUUGCCAACAUGCAUAUAUUUACUUGUAGUCUAUUAGUC